AUGUUAAGUCGUUCAAUUCUCAAGAGAAAAGCUUUCCAAUUAAAAGCAAAGACUAGCAUAAUUUCAAACAUAAACUCAAUAACAUGGAUCGUUUAUCAUGAUACCAUUUCAAUUUGGAAAACAUUACCUUUUUCAUCAUUUAGUUCUCGACCUUCUAAUUUCACUACUGCCUCCAUGUUACAUGUAAAAGCUGAUAUCUCAAGAAUUAAAAUCAAUUUUAUGAAGCAUGGGAUCAUUAGUUCUCAACAUCGUAGCCUUUUUAAUGAAACUACUCUUGAACAUAAUAAUAAUGAACAAAUUAUUAGUAAAAUGACACGUCAGUCUAGAGUUACAUCUGAGAUUAAAGAACUUCGAAGAAAACAACAAAAAUUUUGUGAUGAGCAUUUAAAUAAAGAUCACGUUUCUUUGGAAUUGUUAGAAGAUUUUCCUGCAUGGCUUGAUAAUUUGGGGCUAAAAUUUUUUGCUCCAUGUUUUAAGGAUAAAAAAUGGCAAGAUAUUAUCGAAAUGUAUGCAUUAUACUUGAGUGUCGCCAAAUGA